CCACAUUAGCUUCAUUCGCGCAUUUCAGCCACUCCCCCAAAAGACAGCAUACGAAAUGCCGCCGCCAUCGAAAAAGUCAAAGAGGCUCUCUCGCAAGGACCUACAGCAACUCAAAGACUAUGGAGAGCUCGAUCCGCUUAGCAGCGCCAGCGGUGGAAACGACCUCGACGAGCUUAUUAGCCGCGCCAUGAGCAAAAACGGCUCGCAUCGCCAGGCCGAGGUCAGGUUCUCGUCCAAGAAAGGUCGGGAGAGAUACGAGCGGCAUCUCGGAAAGCAGGGGGCGUUUCUACCGAAGAAGGAGAAGAGCGCCAGGCCCGAUGCCUACUCUCGUCUGCUGAAAUCUCUGGGUGGAUCGAGUGCCAUUCCUGCAAAGCGCACUGCAGUUGUUUCGGACGAAGAAGAGGAAGAGGAAGAGGAAGAAGAGGAGUAUGCUGCUGUGGAUUAUGACAAGAGCGAGCAUGGUGGUUUGCCAGCAACCGACUCCGAGGAUGAAGCUGCAGCAGACUAUGGGCAGGUCGAUGCCGGAUCGGAUGACCAGGACGAGCAGGAAGGCGAGGCUCGGAGCGAAGACGAUCUUAGCGAGGGAGAGGAGGAGGAGGAGCAGGCCAACGAGGAGGAUGACACUGAAAUAGAUGGGUUCAAAGAGGUGUUUGAGCUCAAGGACUAUCUUGCUGCACACGUCGCCGACGACGAUUCGCCGCUGGCUCACAAGAAGCUGGCAGCGGUCACACAAAAGGAGUACAAGCAGGUGCCCAUAGACGACCCGAUUCUGCGCAACACGGUCUUGUUUGACACCGGAAACGAGGGCAUCAAGGAGCGUAACCCGCGGCCGCUGAAGCAGCGCCUUGUCAAGCCGUUCCACAAGCUCAAUAACUCUGACCGCUUCACCGACUACCAGGCGUCAAUCUUUAAUUGGUUUGACCAGUACCGCGAUGUGGUCUACGCAGGCCGCACCAUAGAGCAUGACGAUGAGCUGACCACUGCCUAUGCUCUGCAUGCUGUCAACCACGUCCUGAAGUCGCGCGAUCGUGAGCGCAAAAACAACGCAAGACUAGCCAGGGCCCACGCCACCGGCAAGGACGCUGGCGAACUCCGCGAUCGUGGCUUUACACGCCCCAGGGUUCUGGUUAUCCUGCCCGUCAGGAAUAGCGCCUACCGGUUUGUCGAAAAGGUGCUGAGGCUGCUGUCGUCGGAGCAAGAGAUGACCAAAACCCGGUUCGAGAAGGAGUUCGGGCCCGGGAACGAGGAUGAUUCCAAGGCCAACAAGCGCAAGCCUGCAGACUACCAGCACACCUUUGCUGGCAAUAUCGACGAUGCCUUCCGGAUUGGCAUCCAGCUACGCAACAACGCGGCAAAGCUCUAUGCAGGCUUCUACGCGUCCGACAUUAUUGUUGCUUCCCCAAUCGGCCUGCGCAUGACAACAGGCGCUGAGAAGGGCGAGCGCCGUGACUUUGACUUCCUCUCGUCCAUCGAAGUGCUCAUUGUUGACAACUGUGACACGCUGCUGAUGCAGAACUGGGACCACGUCAUGCACAUGUUCACCAACCUGAACCGCACACCCAAGAAGGACCAUGGGUGUGACUUUUCUCGCAUCCGCAACUGGUACCUCGAUGGCACCUCAAAGUACCGCCGCCAGACCAUCAUGCUUUCUGACUACUUGACGCCAGAGGUCCAGGCUGUCUUUACCAACAAUUGCCAGAACAUCGAGGGCAAGGUUCGCAUCAAGCCGUCGUACGCAGGAGCUGUGACAGACGUUGUUGCCCAGGUCCCACAGAUCUUCAAGCGCCUGGGCGUCAAGCGCUUGCUUAGCGCCGCAGACGAUCGCUUUUCCCACUUUACCGAGCAAGUGCUGCCCGACAUUGAGAAAUCAGCUGUUGGCGACAAGCACACAUUGAUUUUUGUCCCCUCCUACUUUGAUUUCGUGCGCAUCCGCAACUACUGCAAAGAGCGCGCAUGCUCGUUUGCUGCCAUCUCAGAGUACUCGACGCGCUCUGAGGCUAUGCGCGCCCGCAUGAACUUUUACGACGGCAAGAUCAGCUUUAUCCUGUACAGCGAGCGCGCCCACUUCUUCCACAGGUACCCAAUCAAGGGCAUCCACAACAUGGUGUUCUACGGUCUGCCUGAGCAUCCGCUGUUCUACUCGGAGCUGGUCAAUCUGAUGCUGACCAGCAACGACGAGACGGCAGCGUCGGAGCUGCUCUCAUGCACUGCGUUUUUCACAAAAUACGAUCAGCUCAAGCUUGAGCGCGUCGUUGGCACCCGUCUUGUCACGCAGCUCUUAACCAGCGAAAAGUCGCAAUACACAUUUGCUUAGAAAGCGCACUUUCCAAUACAGACAUUUUCAACUGGC